GCAUACGCCCUGUGAACUGGCAUCAGUGUAGGCUUGCAAUAGCUUUGGUGAAGAUCAUACAAACCGACUAAACCUCCCCCAAUAACAAAUCACAAACAAAAUGUCUCUUGAACGUGCUGUUCGUGCCAAGAUUGCCGGCAAACGCAAUCCCGAGAUGGACAAGGAGGCCCAGGAGUGGAUUGAGGCCAUUCUCGGUGAGAAAUUCCCCGCUGGUCAGGCAUACGAGGAUGUGCUCAAGGACGGCCAGGUGCUCUGCAGUCUGAUCAACAAACUGUCGCCCAACGCCGUUGCCAAGGUCAACUCAUCUGGUGGCCAGUUCAAGUUCAUGGAGAACAUUAACAACUUCCAGAAGGCAUUGAAGGAAUACGGUGUACCCGAUAUUGAUGUCUUCCAGACCGUUGACUUGUACGAAAAGAAGGACAUUGCCAACGUUACCAACACCAUUUUCGCUCUGGGCCGUGCUACCUACAAGCAUGACGACUUCAAGGGUCCCUUCCUGGGCCCCAAGCCCGCCGAUGAGUGCAAGCGUGACUUCAGCGAGGAGCAGCUGAAGGCUGGCCAGACCAUUGUUGGCCUGCAGGCUGGCUCAAACAAGGGUGCCACACAGGCUGGCCAGAACUUGGGCGCUGGCCGCAAGAUCUUGCUCGGCAAGUAAAUCCGCCUGGGGUUCUCAUUAAUUGUGUCAAUCUUUCUAUCAUUUUUUAUUAAAUCUAUGUUUAAUUGUUAAGUUUAAAUGCAACAUUAAACCAACAAAAAAUAUUCCUCACUCACAAAAACAAAGAAAAACAUACACACACACUUACACAAAUGCAAAUGCACAUGCAACAACACAAAGGCUUGUAGAUGCGCCUUAUAUUAAGUAUACGCCUAAGUUUAUUUAUACAAAAAUAAAGAUGAUGAAAAUGUGGAGAAAAUGUAAAUGAAAA